CUUGCAACUGCGAAAGGGAAACCAAGCACACGGCAACAAAUCUUGUUCGCGACGCCGCGUCCACUCGUGCAGCCUGCUCGUUUUGAUCGAGGCAAGCGCCGGCGUGUUCGAUGGGAGCGGUGGAGCCGUCGGCGAUGACGUACAAGAAGGCGACGGCGGGGCUGGACGAGGCGGCCAGGGCACGGCUACGAGGCCCGUUCGCUAGCGGCGCCGCGUCCCUCGGGCGUGCAGACGACGACGACCGCUUGGUGGACCUGGUGCACGAGUUCUACGACGGGCGCGGCGCCGCGGACGACGCCGUAGCGACGGAGGCCGCGCCGCCGCGGGGGCCUACCGGGUGGAAGGACGCGCUGCGCGAGGCGCUGGCGGACGCGAUGUCCGACGCGGCGGGGGCACGGAUCCGCGCCGAGGCCGAGCGCGCCGUCCGGGACGCGGGCCGCCCUGCAGGCGCCGCCGUUUACAACGGUGAGGUGGUCAGGAGGCGAGUCGUCGAACGGCUCCGCGCGCGAGGGUUCGAUGCCGGCGUGUGCAGGUCGUCGUGGGAAAGAACCGGCAGCGUCCCGGCGGGCGUCCACGAGUACGUGGACGUGGCGGCGGCGACUCGCUACAUCGUCGAGGUGAACGUCGCCGCCGAGUUCGAGAUCGCGAGGCCGAGCGCCGAGUACCAGGACCUCAUCCUCUCCCUCCCACCGGUGCUCGUCGCGACUCCCGAGGCCUUCAGGCGGGUCGCCGCGGCAAUGUGCGCCGCGGCGGCGGAGUCCAUCCGUGGCGCCGGCAUGCACCUGCCGCCGUGGCGGCGGGCGCGGUACGUGCAGGCCAAGUGGUCCGGCCCGUACGAGCGAGCGGCGGCGCCGGAAGGAGCUCGGACGGUGCAGUCCGGCGGCCGGAAGCGCUGCGGAAUGGAGAUUGGGCGCGGGGAGAUGGCCAUUGGAAAGGAGAGAUUGGUGAGCAUGAGACCAUUCUUCAGAGGGCUGUGACUUGUGAUUUUGUGUCAUCAAGGUGAACUGCGUGGCGCAUGUUCUCAAAAAGAGGGGAAAAAAUGUGACGCCAGCUGUAGUUGAGGUGUUUUUUUUGUAAAUGCCUGUACAAUUGUACAUUUUGGAAGGCUUCUUCAGCCGAUAAAACUAAAGGGAAUUAACGCUUCCAUAUUUUA